CGCCGGCCGGGACCCGGAAGCAGGGGUGGCUGAUGUGUCGCUCUGCUCCCGGCCGGUAUGUGGCCUGGCGAAACAGGAAAGAAACAGGUGAAGGGGAGCUAUGCUUGUACCUGCCCUGACUCUCGGACUCCUGGUUCCUACUUGAUAUGGUUUCUCUUAGAAAAGUUCAGGAAUGCAGAGUGUAUUAAACAACUCCCAUAUUUCACUCGGAAGUCUCUACAUUUCAAUGUUUCCAUUUGUACCAAUGAUUCUGGGGAUAAUGCUUGUGCCUUAUGAAUCUGUGACAUCUGGCUGAUACUGGAAGACGAUCUCAUUCCAUGUUCUGCUCGUCCUGAAGAAACUGUCCCAAAAUGGGUAGGAUCAGCAUCUCUUGUCUGUUUCCUGCUUCGUGGCAUUUCAGCAUUUCACCAGUGGGCUGUCCUCGAAUGUUGAACACCACAUUGCGACAGAUUAUUGUCCUCAGUCUGCUUGCUGCUGCGUUUUUCUUGCUGUACUACUCAGUUGUUGUAAUCAGGAAUAAAUAUGGUUACAGGGACAGAAAGCUACACAGGUACCUUGCUCGAGUGACUGAUACAGAAGCCACAGAUACCAACAACCCCAACCUGAACUAUGGCAUCAUGGUGGACUGUGGCAGCAGUGGAUCUAGGAUCUUUGUGUAUUGUUGGCCAAGACACAAUGGCAAUCCACAUGAUUUGUUGGACAUUAAACAAAUGAGGGAUGAGAACAGAAAACCAGUGGUCAUGAAAAUUAAACCAGGCAUUUCAGAAUUUGCUACCUCUCCUGAAAAAGUUAGUGACUAUAUUUUUCCACUUCUGAGCUUUGCUGCAGAACAUGUACCCCGUGCAAAGCAUAAAGAAACACCCCUCUACAUUCUUUGUACAGCAGGGAUGAGGAUCCUGCCAGAGAGCCAGCAAAAGGCAAUACUAGAAGACUUGCUUACUGAUAUUCCAGUGCAUUUUGAUUUUCUGUUUUCGGAUUCACACGCUGAGGUUAUUUCAGGAAAACAGGAAGGUGUAUAUGCUUGGAUUGGCAUCAACUUUGUCCUUGGAAGAUUUGAACAUACCGAUGAUGAAGAUGACGCUGUCGUGGAGGUGCACAUUCCUGGCAGUGAAAACAAGGAAGCCAUUGUUCGAAAGAGGACUGUGGGUAUACUUGACAUGGGUGGUGUGUCCACUCAAAUAGCAUAUGAAGUCCCUAAAACUGUAAGCUUUGCCUCUUCACAGCAGGUUAUUAUCUGUACAGUUUUCCUUCUUUUCCUUUUGUUUUUGUCCCCGUGUUUUAACUCAUAUCCAUUGAUUCUUUUUCUUUGGCGUGUCGUGAGUCCUGUGCUUCAUAGCAAUGACAUCUUCGCCCCCAGGCCAAAGAAGAGGCGAAAAAGGGUGUCUCAUCAGGAGGAGGUGGCCAAGAAUCUACUUGCAGAGUUCAACUUGGGAUGUGACGCUCAUCAAACAGAACACGUGUACAGAGUCUAUGUUGCAACUUUCCUCGGCUUUGGCGGGAACGCUGCGCGGCAGAGAUAUACAGAUGGCAUAUUUGCCAACAUGAUAUUUAGAAACAGGCUUCUAGGCAAACAGGCUGGUAUGAGUCCCGAUACCCCUUAUCUAGACCCUUGUCUGCCUUUAGACAUUGAGGAGGAAAUCCAACAGAAUGGGCAGACGAUGCAUCUUCGUGGAACGGGAGAUUUCAACCUGUGUCGUGAAGUUAUUCAGACUCUCAUGAAUAAAACCAACGAGACCCAGACUUCUUUGAAUGGCGUUUACCAACCUCCAGUUCACUUUGAGAACAGCGAAUUCUACGGGUUCUCAGAGUUCUACUACUGUACCGAAGAUGUAUUACGGAUGGGGGGAGAGUACAGUGCUGCUAAGUUUCUGAAAGCUGCAAAGGACUAUUGUGCCACAAAGUGGUCUGUGCUGCGGGAACGUUUCGACCGUCAUCUUUACGCAUCACACGCUGACCUUCACCGGCUGAAGUAUCAGUGCUUUAAGUCAGCCUGGAUGUUUGAAGUGUUUCACAGCGGCUUUUCUUUUCCCAUAAACUAUGGCAACUUAAAAACUGCACUGCAGGUUUAUGAUAAAGAGGUGCAGUGGACCUUGGGAGCCAUCCUUUAUCGAACACGAUUUUUGCCUCUGAGGGACAUCCAGCAAGAGAACUUCCACGGCAAUCACUCCCACUGGCGCAGCUUCUCCUUCGUUUAUAACCAUUACCUGUUCUUCGCCUGCUUCUUCGUCGUGCUGCUGGCCAUCCUGCUUUACCUGCUGCGGCUGCGACGGAUUCACCGGCGAAUGCUGCCCGGCAGCCAGUCCCCUGCCCUCUGGAUCGAAGAAGGCCUCCCGCCACAGAAGAUUCCCGGAGCCUUAUAAGCUGUUGAAUGUUCCUUUUCAGACUUGCUCAAGAAAAAGCCAUUGUUUUGCCUCAGGGUUCUUCUCUUCUCCCUAGAAACCAUUCUGCCACAGUGUGGGAAUCAAGAGGAGCAUCACGUCGAAGACCAUGGAGAAAGCAGCUUAACUAGACAACCAGCCAAAAUUAUUUUAAAACUCGUAUCAUUAAAGUAAAUGCACUUUGAUUUGGGGUGGGGCGAGCAGAAGGGGUGAGACUUGAUGCCAGUAAAUGCAUAAACGGGGAUGUAGCAAUCUGACUUAUGCCCAGUAGCUGUGAUUGUUCUGUCCGUAUGUGAUAAACCUGCUGUUCGGAGCUCUUACGUGAACUGAUUAUGUGCCCCCCCCCCCCCCCCCCCGAGGUUUCUCAUCUGUCCCUGCAUUCUGCUGCUUAUCAUACACCUGAAGUGUUCUGACCCAUAGGCUCUUUCCUUCCUACUGUAAACAUCAAUGAGGACCUUGGCAGAGUUUUCUCUUGAUGACUCUCAACUUCUCAUUUCCCUAUGUGUGAGUCUUGACUUGCAUAUGAGAAUGAAGCAUGAAAGGGGGCCAGAGACCCUUUCCGCACGGGCCAAUAAAAGUGGGGGAAAGGCAGGUUACAUGAACCUGUCCUCACCCCGGCCCGUUCGCACAGUUGGCUGUCCCAUGGACAGCCAGCGUGUUGGCCAGGGUGUGCACCUUUGCAUGAAGGCGCAUCUUUUUUCCUUCCCUGCCUGCCUGCGAAGCACAGCAGGCAGGACUGACCCCCCCUGGGCCCAUGAUACAGCCUGUUGCCCUGCGUGGCUCUGCAGAUGGGAGCCAGGGAAGGGUUGUUCGAGAAUCGCAAUUUUCAUGAUUCUCUUCUUCGAGCGAACCUCACAGCCACGGCUGUUCAGUCAGUCGCAGCUGCGAGACGUGUUAAAACAAAAAAAAUCACAAUUCUCGAAAAACCCAGGUGGGUGGGGGGAAAUGAGCAAAUCCGCAAUAAAAUCGGGAUCCAUGCAAAGUUCCCCCCAACCCGGGUUUUUUACUCGUGUUAUCCCUGGUUUACCUGCGUAAUUGGCCUUUGUGGAAAGGGUCAGGAUACUGCUCUCGUGGGAGAAAGAACUUGAGCUCUUUGCCCCUUAGCAAAUGGCUGAUGUGUAUAAUAAAGUGAAGAAUCUGCCGUAUUCUUUGUUGCUGUUUACGUAGGGGAAUAAGUAGUUGAAGAGUCCUUUGCUUGUCUGGGCUUGUGUAGGAGUGUGUGGCUGGUUUUUCAGCCUUUGCUCCAUUUAAGAUAGAAUCUCUUAUUUAAAAAUUGUUGACCAGGGCAAUAAACAAUAGAAAUUCUGAGCCUCAAUUAAAAAAUGGAACACACAGGGUUCUUCUGAAAAACUAGCAAUGCAACUUGUUAAGAUGUGAUGCCUACAAUGUUCUUGCAAUACUGUGAUAGAGAAGCCUGUUUGGCUACCGGUAAUUUAAAAGUUGCCGCACACUACGCUGACAAUUUUUUUAAAAUGCACAGCUGCCCUUGCCAGGAGCCCUCUUUGUGUCUGGCUAGCAGCAGCCUGCUGUGGCAGAGGUGAUGUGUGGCAUUUAAGCUUUUUGACCUGAUUGUGAUUCUCAGUGGUCCUGUAGUGAUGAAGAAUUGGACAGGGAUGAAAUGGACAAUCUUGUCAUAAAGACAGCAGAAGAGGAAGAGUGUCUGUCACUUCCUCGUUUCUGGCUAUGAAAACUUUACUUGAAAAUCUGUUCAUAAUUAAAAGUGGCAUUUCUGUGAAGAAGUCCCAUAAAUACAAGCUUUGUCAUCUUCAUAAAAGCAGCAUCUGUUUUUA